AGUGCCUCUGGCUCUGUCUCUGGAAAACCGCUCUCCAUACUAAUGGGCUGUUUACCUUAAAAUUCCCUUCAAUCUCAAGCGGGGGGGACUUUGACGCGUGAAAACAUCUGAGAAACACCCAAGAAUAAUGUGACAGUGCGGAGAUGAAGUUAAAUUGUGUAUAAAGUGAGACUAUUUCAAUUCGUGACGCUGGAAGAGACAAAUUGAAAAUGCCAAAAAUUCACUCAAUUGAUAGUGAAAUUGAGGAGCUUUACUGGUAAAUUGGGUGUGAGUGGGCAGAAGUGGACGACAAGCCGCAACUCCCUUGUGAGCAGAAAUCUGGACGCUGUGGUGAAUGAGUAGAAUACAGCAAACGAGCUUUUAUGAUGAUUGUAAACAAUGUGUGGACAAUACAUGAUCCCAGUGCGGUGGAAUGUGAGGCAAAGCGAUGGGAAAUGCGGGCUUCUGACGGCACACGCGUGCUGCCGUAGGUGCAAUCAAUCGGACACGAGUACAUUUUUCGGCGCGCAAGUGCGUGAGUGUGGUGACAAUGGAGCUGCUGCAUCAGGUGAAUCUGACAAUGGCGGAUGACUUCCUGUCGAUGGUCAAUGCGUCAUCGUCGACCAUUCUGUACGCCGCUCUCGCCACCAGCAGCGCCAAUAUCAGCGGCAACGCCACCUUCUUCGCCGUGCUGCCCAGCAAAUACAGCCUCGCGCACAUCGUGAUCGCCUCCAUCGUGGUCACCAUCCUCAUGGUGAUCAUCGUGGUGGGCAACAUGCUGGUGAUCAUCGCCAUUGCCACGGAGAAAUCGCUGAAGGGCAUCCAGAACUGGUUCAUCGCGUCACUCGCCGUGGCGGACUUCUUCCUCGGCCUCGUCAUCAUGCCCUUCUCGCUGGCCAACGAGCUCAUGGGCUACUGGAUCUUCGGCGCCUGGUGGUGCGACAUCCACUCCGCCAUGGACGUCCUCCUGUGCACGGCCAGCAUCAUGAAUCUGUGCCUGAUCUCCCUCGACAGAUACUGGAGCAUCACGAAGGCCGUGGAGUAUCUGAAGACGCGCACGCCGGCCCGGGCGGCCGUGAUGAUCGCCUCCGUGUGGAUAAUGUCAGGAGUCAUCUGCAUCCCGCCGCUGCUGGGCUGGAAGGCGAAACGGCCCGAAGGUCGAGCCCUGCCUCAAUGUCAGCUCAGCCAAGACGUCGGUUAUGUCCUGUACUCGGCGCUCGGCUCCUUCUACAUCCCCAGCUGCAUCAUGGUGUUCGUGUACAUCAGGAUCUACUAUGCGGCCAAGAGGCGAGCGCGACGCGGCAUCAAGAAGCCGUCGCGCAAUUCUGAUGAACAAACGACCAACUUCAUCUCUUCAGUCACUUACAACACACGUCCAAUGCCAACAGUGCCUGAAUGCUCUUCCCCCCAUCUGAUCGCCACGAUCGAGUCCCACCAGCCCAGCGGGGACAAGCAGAUCCCCGUGGUGACGUGCGAUCUCGCCUCCGAGUCCUCCAACAAGGACACCACCAGCCUGGCGGACGCGGAGAACCAGCUGGGCGACGCGGGGGCGCUGCGAGAGCCCUCCACCAUCCACCUGCAAGUUCUUCCCAUGAUCAGGCACACCACCAACGGCAUGAGCGCCAUCGCGCUGCAAUCCACCGCCCCCAUGCGCUGCCGCGCCUUCUCCGUCGGCAUCGACUCGGACAUGGUCAGCGAGUUCGAUCCCUCCAGCUCGGACUCCGGCGUGGCCAGUCGCUGCUCCUCCGUGAAGCCCUCCAAGUUCCGCCUCUUCCAUCCCAUCUUCGGCCGUCGCUAUCCGCUGCGCACGGACGUGAGCGCCGUGCAGAAUGCCACGGAGCUGGAGCCCGUGAUCACGAAAGGGGAGAAGAAGCGCGAUCCGGAGAAGGAGAAGCGCCGCCUGGCGCGCAAGAAGGAGAAGCGCGCCACACUGAUUCUCGGCCUGAUCAUGGGCUGCUUCAUCGCCUGCUGGCUGCCCUUCUUCUUCCUCUACAUCCUCAUUCCCACCUGCGACAGGUGCAAGAUACCAGACACCGCCUUCGCCAUCGCCUUCUGGCUCGGCUACAUGAACUCAGCUUUCAAUCCUGUCAUCUACACCAUCUUCAACAAAGACUUCCGACGCGCCUUCCGCCGCAUCCUCUUCAAAUAGCGCUAGGCCGACCACUUCCCAAUACUGUGUCUUAAGCAUAUACAUUUGUGCAUCUCCGAAUUUUACCCGCGCGUUUUUUAGACGACGAACAGAAGAAGAAAAACACACCGUAUUUUCGUCAUUUACUUUCUUACAACGGCAGAGACUAUUUGCAACAUCUGCAAACGGACAGUGGGCAUUUUUCUUAGUAUUUUACUGACCUUCUGAAACAAGAACUUCGAAUUUCACGUUCCUAGAACAAUAUACUAAUAUAUAUUGAUGAAUUGUGACACUCUGAGCUGUAUUUUGAAUGAUAGAGCGUGACUCAAAAGUGACUCCCUGUAGAUCAGUAUAGUCCUUAGGUUGAUCCUGAGCUGUAUAAAAAGAAAAAAAAAACUACCGUGAAGUUAUAAUAUUGUGUAACCGUACCUUAAAAUGUACAAACCAAUCAGAUAGAGAAAAUUACUGGCAAUUUAUGAUGUGUGAAACCUCGUUGAGUAUAGCUAAUAUCCCAAAAUUUGAUGUAUGAAAAACACACCCUGAAAAGCUCUCACACUUUUCAAAGGGGGUCUUUUUUUGUAAAAAAAAAGAAAGAAAAAGAGGAGGAAAAACAUGAACAACUGAUAAGAAUAUGAGAGAAAUUCUAUCAAAUAAACUCUAAACUAUGAGAUGAAAGGAGACUUUUUGCUAUAGUUGUCCAUUAAAGAGCUUUAAGCUGCGAAUCAA